AUCUCUUCAAAUUCAAGUCCACAAACUUUUCUUCCAUUUCUAAUAAACCCACUCGUUUCAACUCAUCUCUGUUUCUCACGAAUCGUUUGCGUUUUCACCAGAAAAAAAAAACGCUUUUUAAUUCUUCAGCGGUUGUUGUUCCAAGAGAAAAUCUGCUUCUCAGUCGUGCGAUGGCAACUCAAUCGGCGCCGCCUAAAUCUAUCCAUGAAUUCACUGUGAAGGAUGCCAAAGGGAAUGACGUGGAUUUGAGCAUUUACAAAGGGAAAGUCCUGCUAAUUGUGAAUGUUGCAUCACAGUGUGGCCUGACGAACUCAAAUUACACAGAGUUGACGAAGCUGUACGAGAAAUACAAGGAUCAAGGUUUGGAGAUAUUGGCAUUUCCUUGCAAUCAGUUUGGUUCCCAGGAGCCUGGAACCAAUGAACAGAUUCAGGAGUUUGCUUGCACUCGUUUUAAGGCUGAGUAUCCAAUAUUCGACAAGGUGGAGGUGAAUGGGGCGAAUGCUGCUCCGAUAUACAAGUACAUGAAGUCUGUGAAAGGAGGGCUUUUUGGGGAUAGCAUAAAGUGGAACUUCUCCAAAUUCUUGGUGGACAAAGAGGGUAAUGUUGUCGAUCGCUAUGCGCCCACCACAUCUCCUCUCAGCAUAGAGAAGGAUAUAAAGAAGCUCUUAGGUAUGUGAAUGGAGUCGACGGCUUAUCGCCAAUAACCACCCCGGAGUGAAUAAGCAGCACCAUAUGUUUGCAUACUGAUGUACUAGUAUUACUUUCUGGGGUUUUGCAAUAUUCCUUCUUCAGUAUACUUAUUUGUACCGUUCUACUUUAAAUACUUCUUUAUCCUAGUGUGUGCAUGGGUUUAAUAUU